CUCUCUCAUUCGGCGUUUUUCUUUGUGACUGUGUGGACGUUCUUAAUUGUACGGCAAAAUCUCCAGCAACCAAGCUACUUUCUUAGCAAAGCUACUAAAGAGGAAACUAUAUUGAUAAAAUUUCGUUCUUUUAAAAUCUUUGUGCUGAUAUUUAAGGCGUGCUUGGUGAUCCAAAAACCCUCAGUUACAACGUGUUUUCUCGCUUCGCGUUUGAAAAGUAAUAUCUAACAGUAAUUCAAAAUGGCUGAUGUGGCUGAGCAAAAGAAUGAGACCCCUGUUGUCGAGAAGGUCGCAGCUGAGGAAGUUGAUGCUGUGAAGAAAGAUGCAGUUGCCGCCGAGGAGGUAGCAGCUGAGAAGGCGAGCAUCACAGAAAACGGUGGCGCCGAAGAGGAGAGCGUAGCCAAGGAGAACGGAGCCGCCGACAGCAGCGCGACCGAGCCCACCGACGCAGUCGAUGGUGAAAAGGCGUCUGAGCCCACUGUUUCUUUUGCCGCCGAUAAGGAUGAGAAGAAGGACGAGGAUAAAAAAGAGGAUUCCGCUGCCGAUGGGGAGGACACCAAAAAAGAGAGCAGCGAAGCUGUUCUACCUGCUGUCGAGAAUGGCUCCGAGGAGGUCACCAACGGUGACUCAACAGAUGCUCCCGCCAUUGAGGCUGUAAAGCGGAAGGUGGAUGAGGCUGCAGCCAAGGCAGAUGAGGCCGUCGCCACGCCGGAGAAAAAGGCUAAGCUUGAUGAGGCCAGCACAAAGGAUGAGGUUCAGAAUGGGGCCGAGGCUAGCGAAGUGGCCGCCUAAGGGAAUCGCCCGCGGAGCAGCAAACUCAGUAAUCUACUUAUUAAAUACUUACUAACACAAAAAAAGCAAAUCACAGAAAUUACGGUUCUACCGCCAGGAACCCGGACUGUAUCCAUUUUCCGCUCUUGUGAGCGGGUGAUACGUGGGUGGCUGCUUGGGUGGCGGGCGCAAUUCUCCAAUAACAAUCCGGCAAUGGGAGCGUAGUUUUAUAGCGUACCGGUUCUCUCUCUCUCUACUAACAAACAACCUACCAACCAACAAUACCGGCAACAAACGAAAACAAAAAAUCCAUUAUUAUUUAAAAACUUACUUAAAAUCUUAACUUUAAAGCAAAGUAUAUAUAUAUAUAAAGCGAAGGAUUAAGAGAACAAUAUUAAGCGAAAUUAAGAUGCGAGACCCUCUAUGUUUUAAGAAUAAAAGUUGUAAACAAAAGCGUCAAAUUUAAUAAUUGUAAAAAAAAAUACGAAGCGAAUGAAACAAAUUGCAAACAAAAUCUUUAAGUAAGAAAAACAUCAAAACAAUUACGGCAAAAUAACAUAUGUAAUCCUUUACAAUUUUUAAUUUUACAACCGUAUCUUAUUUUUGAGUAUGAAUAUUUAUAUCGAACAAAGUAAAACUAAAAAUUCAGUAAAAUGUAACAAAAAGCUGCCAGCAACAACCCCAGAAAAAUGUAUGCCAACCGGCUAAAAAAAUACUACCACAUAGAAACAAUAAAAAGUACGAAAAACAACUUUUACAGCAAUACUCUGAAAUGUUUAUUUUUAAAAUGCUUUCGAAAUCGUACCUUUUUUAUUUGUAAUCAAGGUACCACCUAUUUCACAUUCCCAAUUACAUUUUAUUUACUUGUCUAAGCCUACGAAAUAGUCUGCGACGAAACUCUCAUUAAUGUUCAAUGUUUAACAACGAUUUAAUGGGCAGGAAAGGUAAUGGCCAGUAAAUCCAGCAUUCAGCAAAAUCAAGAUUCGAGAUUAUUAAAAAAUAAAAUGAAACGUAAAAAUUAAAAUCAAACUGUAAGCGUAACUUUUAUUAAUUUGAGCAUGUUUGUAUUCGCACAAAUAACAGCUGUCGCCAAUAGUAGAAAUUAUUAUUUUCUUGGUAGGGUGCGGUCCAAGUACAUAUUAGUGGAAAGUAAACUAUUUUAGGUAAUAUGAUUUCGACACAGAACGUUACAAAUAGUAUUACUAUUUUGCCUACGGUAAGUUGUUUUUUUUUUUGUAUUUUUGGACUUUCGUUUAAUUUUAAUCAGAAAAUUUAAUAUUUGAUAAUCUCUUGACUCAUGACAUUAUAUCCC